AUAAAAUAAACAAGCUUUCUUUGUUGUUGUUGUUGUUGUGAAGUCAAAAGAUCGUCCAAGUGAGUUUUGAAAAUGGGUUGCCCCACAAACGUCGUUAAAAUUAUCUCAAUCUCGCUGAAUGCCAUUUUGGCGUUUUUGGCAUGCGGAGCCAUCGCCUGGAUAGCCAUUAAUUCAGAUACGGAGCAGGAGGAGUUUGUUAUCGCCAGCUAUGUGUUUAGCGGUUUGAUUGUUCUCAUGGUCAUUGUGGGCAUAUAUGCAGCCAUACGAGAGUCGAUUUGUCUAACCGCAACGGUUGCUGUAUUUCUGCUACUGCUGGUCAUUCUGCAAAUUGUGAAUAUCUUCAUGUUUGUGAAUCCCAUGAAGUUGCAGAGUGGCCAGGAAACCGUUGAGAUUGCCUGGCAGGCCAACAACAUGGACGGAUUGCAACAGCAAUUCAAGUGUUGUGGCAAGACGAGUGCUCAGGAUUAUGUGCAUCUCAAUCAGGUGAUACCGCCCAGCUGUUAUACCGAUCUGCAGCAAGUGCCGGAUCAUUUGUUCCUCAACGGUUGCAUUGAAAAGGUGCAGGAUCAAUAUGAAAGCGACAAGCGACGCUUUUUAAUUGUAUCCUGGGGACUGGCGGCCUUCUUGCUGCUGUGCUUCGUCGGUGCCGUAUUUCUGGGCAUCAGUUUCCGGAAUAAACAGAGGCGCCUGCAAUUUUAAUGGCCAGCUAAUGCUAGCUACGCCUCAAGUACAAAACUGUGUGUGGGAAGGAUGAUUCAAAGUAUUUAAAUUAUAUUUUCUAACCAAAAAAAAAAAAUACAAAAUAUUUUAAAAAAGUUCAACUAGGCGAACAUUUUAAUUCAAAUGCUGAAACCUAAGCUAGUUAAUAUAUGUACGAAUAGCUCUUACUAUUUAUAAAGCCAAUAAAACUAUAUAUGUGUGUGU